GCGGCGGGGAGGAGCGAGCAGGCCACGCCCGGCGCCCGCCGCGCAUGCUAAACGCGCUUUAAACCCCGUUUAAGCGGUAUUUUGGUCCAAAACCACAAGAAAAUGUAUGUAACAUCGGUUAGGGGCAGGGCGUAGCUAAAUGAAAAGAUUUUCGCGAUUCAACGACUGUUUUGCGAAUAUGGCGGACAGUUAUCUCGAAUGCGCGGGAAAGUGCACGCUGGUUACGCGGCCACUCUCGAUAAUUACUGCAAUAACAAUUUAAACAAUUUUAUUGUGUAUUAGUUAAAUAAUUAAAAUAUAAUAUUCAAUGGACAAGUACAAGUCAAGUCUUAAAAAGUUUUGAAAUUGAUUCGUAAAGUGCUGUGAUGUGAAUGUAUUGCGGGAACAUAUUUUUAAACUUAGUAAGCGGAGCAAUGGAUUCCAGGAUGCAGGACAGUCACAAGUCGUUCCUCAUCAAAGACCUGCUCGGCGACGUGCUGCGGCCGGGAGCGGCCGGUGCAGUCGGUCAAACAAGUAUAGAAGAAGACCAAGAAACGUUACGGUGUAAUUCAGCAGCCAGUCCGAACGUGGAAACGUCAGAUGCUGAAGACGAUAUCUCUGUGGGUGACAACAGAAGCGAGACAUCCACACCUAAGAAGUCAUUUACUUUCCCAGACGAGUACAACAAGAAGAUAGACGGAGAAGAUGGAGAAAGAUCAUCGCCCUUAGAAUAUAAUUUGAACAACCAAGCUAAUUACAGUUCUCCGUUCAAAGAAGAUGAGAAUGAAUAUGACAAUAGGGCAGAAGAACGAAUGAAAUUGUACGAUACUAGUUUAUUUCACUUGUAUCGACCGGAGCGGGAUGGGAAGAAAGAUGAAGGAACUGAAGGGCCUAGCUAUGAGCACAUGACCGGUUUGUCUGACUCUAUCUAUGGGAGGUCGAUGGAUCUGUCGAAGAAUUCCUUCCAAUCGCAACUACUGGCUGGGUUCGCGUCAGUUAUAGCUGGGAGUACGCAGCGUGAGUCACAGGAGUCAAAUGAGCGUCAGCCGGGCAGUCGGCCGACAGUAUCCUCGAAUUCGAGCCGCAAGCCGCGCCGGCGCCGCACUGCAUUCACACACGCUCAGCUGGCGUACUUAGAGCGAAAGUUCCGCUGCCAGAAGUACCUCAGUGUUGCUGAUCGCGGGGACGUGGCUGAGGCGCUCAGUCUCAGCGAGACACAAGUCAAGACUUGGUAUCAGAAUCGAAGAACUAAAUGGAAGCGACAGAAUCAGCUGCGCUUAGAGCAGUUGCGUGCGCAGGCGGCGAGUGGAGAGCGUGAACUGUCGGCGCACGCGCUGCCCCUAGCUUGCGCCUUACUACCGCCCUACCCUGCUUACAUGCACUGUCAUCUGUGAAUGUGUAACAUAAGUAAAUUAAUAUAAUAUACAACUUAAAUAUGGAAGAAAACUAUGAUUAAAAAUGUAAUUUUCUCGGGAAACAAAAUCAUUUAUAUUGUUUCGAUUAUUAGAAAAUAACUUUAAAAUCGUUUACUUUG